AUGCGGCAACCGGUGGCCGUGCUGCUCACCGUUUUUUAUGCAGCCGUUACAGCGCAGAUAGCCUGGACACCGAUAUUCUUAGAUGGCAGCAGUCAAGUUGAUCUCUGGACGCAAACGUCGACGGGUUGUGCGUGUCCAGGGACUGGAGAUGAGGAGUGCGCGUGCUGUGUACGAGAUGGAGCCUGUCCUUGCAGUAAUGUAGCACCAACACGCUGUGCCCAGUGCGGUCUCGAGCAGUACUGCUCUAAUAUGUGCAACAUUACAAUCGAUUCGCGCGUUCUCAAGAGUAAGUCCGGCAAGACAUUUGGUCAGAUAAAGUCGCCAUCCAUCGAAGGCCCUGACGCGUGCUCCUAUCUCCUCCAACCAGAUGCCGGCCAAAGAGUCGAGAUACAAAUAUACAGGCUGGUGUCUGUUGGAAGAUUCAAUGGCUCGAGUUGUGUGGGUGGCUGGCUCCAACUCGGAGGUGCAAGUGCAGUUCAAGACGCGAGCGGCGCGGCUGAAACAAGGCUUUGUGGUGCUAACGAAAGAUACACUCCGCCGGUGGUAUUGUUUGCUGAUCAUGGCGCCGCGAUUUUAGACUUUAAGAUUUCAGACACAACUGUGAGAUCGCAAUUCCUAGCAUUCUUCAGUUUCACGUCUUUGAGUAACACUCAAGGAGUUGGGUUUCAUCCGCGAGGAGGUUCCAGGAUACCUCACACAGAUUGCGACUGGUUGUAUCAAGAUGUGUCCUGUCGAACGCCCGGCUCGUGUGUGUUAGCCAGCCCCGGUUAUCCGGGUUUAUACCCGCCUCAUCGACGCUGUCGCUACCUCUUCGCUACAAACUCAGUACACACCAGAGUCAAGAUUAUCUUUACUUCUAUAAUACUACCGAGAAAUCACUGCACAACAGACUACCUGACGUUGAGGGCUGGCAGUUCACCUUCAGCGUCGCUCUUGGGCACAAUAUGCUCUGAACGAACCGCAACGGUCGAGCAUCCUGGUCCAAACCUAUUGCUUGAAUUCAAUUCCGGUCCUCUAGUACCACCGUAUGACUAUAACGGGUUCAUCGCUAAAUUAGAAUUUGUGGAGAAGACUGAAUCAAGUGCACCACCGCCGACCGUGGUCGCUGCAGCUCCGCCCUUAGCUGCGCUUACGCAUUUAACAAAUCAUGGAGAUCGGCCGAUAGAACACGAAACGAUAUCAAAUGAGAUAUCGAGUAGUGGACGAGUGGGGUGUGGUGCGACUGUUCGAGGUUAUGGACCUGGAGGUGCCCGUUCUGGUCACUUCGACACCAGGGCGAGCGCUUGGAGGACACAGUGUGCUAUACAUUUGCUAGGUGUACCCACAGACGUUGUACAAGUUUCACUGUUUAAUUAUAAUUUAAGAUUACAAAGCUGUCGAUCUCACAUUGAGAUCUUAGAGGGUCUUCACGACUUCGGUGGAAGAGGUGAUAGGGCGGACAGGUACGAGCGAGGGGACAGAGCGCUCCUCAGAGUCUGCGGCCCCUCCGUGAGGGAGGCCAGAGACCCCUCUGGAAGGUUCCUCGUCCGUCAAGCUGUUACUUCGAAGGGUGCUAACCUGACUAUCUUAGUUCGAAGAGCGGCUUCUCAGAGCGCAGACGAAGAGGAAUUUGUCGAUGGUGCUUUUGCAUUCCACGACGAACAACACGAAGGCACAGUCUCCCCGGACGCGACGUGUGCGUCGACCCAUUACGGUCUAGCUGCGCCGGCGCAUGGUGGUGUGUCAGCGCCCUCACAUCAUCAUAUCUUUUGGAAUAUCGAAGAGAGACUCUUGUGUUCGCAUCGCUUCAUACCAGCCGCUAAUCAAAGCGUUACCAUUGAGAUACAACGCUUAGAGAGGAUGUGGAGCGCUGAACCAACUAGCCUGGUGGUGCCAGGGGAGUCUGGAUGCCGCACCGCCUGUGGCGAUGCCGGUUGCGAAUGCCGGUCCGCAACCCCACUACACUACCAUGACCACAUAGCAUUGGUGGCGGGAGACGGAACACACUUGUCUUGCCUUUGCGGCGAUUUUCAGGCGGCCUGGCUUCCCGUGGUGGUUCGUAGCUGGACAAGCCUUCGACUGGAGUACUCAGUGGCGCACUACACUUACGCGAGUCGCGGGUUCGAUUACGCGGCCGCUUAUAGCUUUAACGACGAUGCAAUGUGUGGACAGCGCACAUAUACUACGCACUCAGGUGAAAUAUCGUCGCGCAACGUGUCGGUAACUGGCAGCCUGAAUGAAUUCUUCUAUCAACAGUGCACCUGGGUCCUGGAUUCCAAUGUGGAGAGACAGCUCUUCAUUGAUAUAUCAUCGGAGCAGGACAAAUCGUGCAGUUCGUGGAACAUAACAAUUCACGAAUGGUCUGGGAGGGGAGUACACAACGAGGGGGGGCUUGCUGCAUCAGCUGGUGAUCUACUGUAUACUUUUUGCGCUAGACACAAGAACCAUACAUACACGCUGCCGUGGAGAUUGAACACCGUCGUUAUCAGGCUGGUGGCCCUAUCGCGACAGCAGCCGCUAUAUACCAUGCGCUGGAGGUCACAAGUCGUCCGUGCGAAUAACAGGCUCGGACCGCCAACUCCUGCGCCGGCGGCAUCUGCCUUCGCACCUCAACAGUUAAGAACCGACCCUGUGAUAAUACUGUUGUUAUAUCUGUGCUGUUUAAUAAAUAAACACUUGCCUUACUAA